ACCCUCACACACUCACUCUCGCCUUGGUGCAGUCAGUAGAAGAGCGGUCCGUUGCCUUUCGUCUCUCUACUCAGGCUCAAGCUGACAGCGGGCUUAACAUUCGCCCGGGAGGUAGAGAAUACAAACAUUAAUUCAAUUUUACAGUAUAGUUACUGCUCAGAUGCAAAGCAAGACAAGAGAGGAAAGGAUGGCCUUUUCCAACAACGCGGAGGAUGACCUAAAUGUAUUUAUGCGUGAGGAGGCAGAAGACGCUUUUGAUGAUGAAUCCUCCCUGCCCCUUGCAGGAGUGUCAUCCCGCUCCCCAGACAUCAUGGCCACUGGCACUCACUCUCCUGGAGGACCCAAUGGCAUCAUCAGGAGCCAGUCAUUCGCUGGAUUCAGCACGCUGCAGGAGAGACGCUCACGGUGUAACUCCUUCAUGGGGAAUUCAGCAGUGCAGAAGAAGCCUAUCUCAAAGCCCAGGAAGCCCCAUCUGUCCGGGCACAAGUCCAGCAGUAGCAGCAGCAGCUCACGAGAGCCGCAGCCCAGAAGAGUGGAAGAAGUUUACGGAGCCCUCAAACAAGGCCUGGAUGAGUAUCUGGAGGUGCAUCAAACAGAGCUGGAUAAACUCACUUCACUCAUGAAGGACAUGAAGAGAAACUCCAGACUGGGUGUGCUGUAUGAUCUGGACAAGCAAAUUAAGACUAUUGAAAGAUACAUGCGACGACUGGAGUUCCACAUCAGUAAGGUUGAUGAGCUGUAUGAGGGGUUUUGUAUUCAAAGGCGGUUACGUGAUGGGGCCAGUAAGAUGAAACAGGCCUUCACUGCUUCACCCUCCACUAAAGGCACACGUGAGAGCCUGGCCGAGGUCAACCGCCGAUAUAAAGAGUAUACAGAGAACAUGAGCACUUUUGAGGGUGAGCUGGAGAACCUGCUGGGAGAGUUUCAUAUCAAAAUGAAAGGAUUGGCUGGCUUCGCCAGGCUUUGUUCCGGUGAUCAGUAUGAGAUUUUCAUGAGAUAUGGCAGACAGCGAUGGAAACUGAAGGGGAAGAUUGAAGCAAACUCCAAGCAGAGUUGGGAUGGGGAGGAGAUGAUCUUUAUGCCCCUCAUCACAGACCUGAUCAACAUCAAGGUGACAGAGUUGAAGGGUUUGGCCACUCAUAUCCUAGUGGGUAGUGUGAUCUGUGAAACCAAGGACCUGUUCACUGCUAUGCCUCAGGUGGUAGCUGUAGACGUCAAUGACCUGGGAACCAUUAAACUUAACCUAGAGGUCGCCUGGUUUCCAUUUGAUGUGGAAGAUCUGACCCUGUCCUCGGGAAAUGUGAGCAAAGCCACCGCCCUGCAGAGACGAGUGUCUGUGUACAGCCAAGGCACACCUGAGACACCCACUUUCCAGGACACCUCUUUCUUUUCCACAUUACCUGAUGACGUCUUUGAGAACGAAGGUUGUGAUGUCGCUGAGUGCAAACGCCUGUCUUUCAGCUUCUCAGACACCUCCACCUCAAGCCCCGCCCCUAUCCAGUCAAACCCUGAGAUCACUGUCACGCCCCCAGAGACAGACCCACCCUCUGAGCCGAGUCCCACCUCUGAGGACCAGCCGCUUCAGGAAGAGGGGGGUGAGGAAGCAGAAGAGAGCUGCAGUGUGAGUGCCAAUAUGGCCAGUGCCAGUGAUGCAGACCUGGAGUGGGAUCCGGUUGAGGGUCAGGUCCUCGUCACAGGCUCUGGAGCCAACUCUCUGUGCUCUGAGAGUCAGCUGUCUGCGGUGGGACCAGAGGAUGUGGUAUACCUGGAGCCCAACAUGCCUGAUGAAGCCUCGGAGCUGAAGCCAGUGGAGCUGGAUGGGGAGGAAGGCAGUCUAACCAGGCAGCUGGUGAGGAGGCUGACCUCGUCUGACAUGCUGCCCGAGACUGGAACUCUGAGCUGGGCCGGAGAGGGCAGCAGGGCUUUCCUGGAGAGCAGCCUGGAGGAGGCCAUUCAAUCCCUGCUCCUGCAGCUGGAGAGCUUGGGCCAGCGCUGUGGGGAGCUCCAGGACUUGGAGCAGGAGGUUAUGAGACUUGAAGACCUGCUCAAAUGUCGGGUGCCUGCCCAUAGGAGUCGUUCAUCAAGUCUCAGUUUGACUGUGGAGAGUGCUCUGGAAAGCUUCGACUUCCUCAACACCUCCGACUUUGAUGACGAUGACACUGGAGACGAUGCAGGCACCCUCUCACGAUCUGUCUUCUUUGACAUGGAGUCAGAGAGAAUUGGGCCAGGCCAGCAUCCAGAAGCAAGAGGCCACCUGAGUGAAGCCCUGACAGAGGACACCGGUGUGGGGAACAGUGUGGCUGGCAGUCCCUUGCCUCUCACCACAGGAAAUGAGAACCUAGACGUGGCAAUUGUUAUUCAUCUACAAUACUGCAAUCAUCUCAUUCAGUUGUUGAACUCAGGAGGAAGCUCAUCGCAGCAUAAGGCAUACUUGCACAAAUUGGCAACGCAAACACUCCUAUUGGAGGAGCUCAGUGAGAAAAACUUUGAAAGAUCAGGCAGCUUUACCACAGCAUCUGAUGUGCUGCCUGGAUUAGCGGAGCAGCCGUUGCUGAUGUCUCUGUGGUCAGACUGCAGUAGUGGCUUGUUCCAUACUACACUGGACCGAGUUUUUAAACACAUGCAUCUCAGCUUUGCCUUACCACUGCAUGAGAUUCUCCCUCAUUCACCAGACUCAGUGAUAAGGAUGGCGGUUAGUGAGAUGGUGGACAGGAGUGAUCUGGCCUCAUCCCCGUGUCCAUCACCAUCCUCUCUGUCACAGGAUGUACUUACCGUAUUUCAGUUCCACAGCUACACGGUUGAACACAAUAUCACAGACAUGGAGCAACACCUGCUGGAUUUAGCCAAAGAGGUUAUGUUCACCGAGGCGCUCAGCUGUGGCGAUACAGAGCGUACUCUCAAAGAGCUACAGGACAUCUCCAUCACCUCACUCCAGCCCCGCCCUCAAACCCUGUGGGCUGUGGCCGGCCUGCUGACCUCUGAUGACCCUGAACUGAGCGAGGCUGCUACAGCCUUCCUGUCCUCUGCUGCCUCACACAAGCCGUUCAGGUCAAAGGCCGUGGAUUGUUACACACAAGCCUUAUCAGAAGCAGGGUUACACACACCAAGAACCACAUGUGCUGCUCUGAGUUGCCUGCAGGCUGUGGAGAGCAUUGAUGCUGUGGUGUCACUGUGUGACUCAGCAGAUGAAGAACUCCACCAGGUUGCCAUAGAAACCCUCCUCACUUUUGGUGAAGAGGGGCGACUGGCAUACGAGCAGCUGGACACAGUGCCGAGAGAGAUGGUGCGGCUGGGAACUCGCCGUGGUAACACUGUGACCACUACAUUUUAGAAAAUGUA